AUGGACGAUUGUGGUACUUGCGACCGCUGUAUUCACAGGCCGUGUAUUGCUGAGAGCAAUCGCGAGUACGAGGAGCACGGAGUGAUCGGCAAAGGUGCCUAUGGUAUCGUGUACUUAGUCACCCAUGUACCAAGCAAUAAACAGGUUCUUUUCUUUUUUCCGAUGAAUUUCCGAUGA